GUGAUGGGAGGACUCUCAAUGCAUCAGUUCCUACAAGCAUCAAUUACUUUAGUGCAGAACCAUUGUAUACCGGGAUGACUUACAGCGUGGAUGCCAUUGCAGCCAGUAUCCAUAGCCUUUUUUAUAUAUGGUCUUCCAGCUGAAAAGGUGAAGUUCUGUUCUUCAAAUCCACAUGGCUUCCACUAAUUGCAAUAGGACAUGAGUUCAUAAAGGCCGUGAAUAUUUAUGCCUUGGAUUGUACACAGUAAAUGCAGUAUAUGGAGAUACCAUUGUUAUGCCUUGUCCUCAGGAAGUACCUAGUGAGCUGAUGUUUGGAAAAUGGAAAUUUGAAACAGCAAAUGACUCUCCAGUCUUUAUUGCCUUCAGAUCAUCAACAAAAAAAAGUGUACAAUAUGAUGACGUACCAGAAUACAAAGACAGAUUGAGUCUCUCAGAAAAUUAUACUUUAUCCAUCAAAAAUGCAAGGAUCAGUGAUGAAAAAAGAUUUGUAUGUAUGCUAGUAACUGAGGACAACGUGUUUGAAGAACCUACAGUAGUCAAAGUGUUCAAACAACCAUCUCAACCAGAAAUCAUACAUCCAGCGAACUUCCUAGAAACAGGGAAACUUAAAAUGCUUGGAGAAUGUAUUGCAAGAGAGAGUUAUCCAGAAGGCAACAUUACAUGGUACAAAAAUGGAAAUAUUUUGCAGCCCAUUGAAGGAGUUGUAGUCAUGAGCUUACAAAAGACCGUGGACAAAUCAAAUGGACUCUUCACCACAACAUCAUCUCUCCAGUACAUGCCAACAAAGAAAGAUGCAAAUGCACAGUUUGCCUGUAGUGUGACAUAUUAUGGGCCAUCAGGACAGGACACAAUACCAUCUCAACCAGUGAUCUUUGAUGUUCGCUAUCCUACAGAGAAGGUGACAAUUAAAGUGCUGUCCCAAAGAAAUACCAUUAAAGAAGGUGAUAACAUUACACUAAAGUGCUCAGGAAAUGGUAACCCCCCUCCGCAAGAGUUUUUGUUUUAUAUUCCGGGAGAACUGGAAGCUAUAAGGGGCUCAGAAACUUACGUGAUGACAGACGUGAGACGAAAUGCAACAGGCCAAUACAAAUGCUCUCUGAUGGACAGAAGCAUGGAGGACUCAACGUCCAUCACCGUUCAUUAUUUGGAUUUGUCACUUACUCCUAGUGGAGAAGUGACUAAGCAGAUUGGAGAAGCUCUCCCGGUAUCAUGCACCAUCUCUUCCAGUAGAAAUGCAACGGUGUUUUGGAUGAAGGACAAUACCCGAAUGCCAACAAGUCCAUCGUUUUCAAGUCUAAAGUACCAGGAUGCUGGAAACUACAUUUGUGAAACUAAUCUACUGGAAGUUGAAGGGUUAAAGAAAAGGAAAACACUUAAACUUAUUGUAGAAGGAAAACCUCAGAUCAAAAUGACAAAGAAGACAGAAUCAAAUAAAUCUAAAACAAUAGUCUGUCAUGUGGAAGGUUUCCCUAAACCAGCUGUGCAAUGGACAAUUACUGGUAGUGGAAGCAUCAUAAAUAAAACAGAGGAGUCCAAAUAUGUUAAUGGACGAUUCUCCAGUAAAAUUGUAAUUUCUCCUGAAGAGAAUGUUACGUUAACUUGUACUGCUGAAAACCAACUGGAAAGAACGGUCACCUCAAUGAAUGUAUCUGCCAUAAGUAUCCCAGAAUAUGAUGAACCAGAUGAAAGGAAUGGUGACAAUAGAGAAAAGGUUAACGACCAGGCAAAGCUAAUAGUAGGAAUUGUCGUUGGUCUACUGCUAGUAGCUCUGGUUGCUGGUAUCAUCUACUGGGUAUAUAUGAAGAGAUCCAAGCCACUCCCUCGAACAGUUAGUCACUUUUUGAACCCACCCUCGAACAGUUACUCACCUCCUAAUCUCUGCCCCCAAAGUGACGUCAAUGGAAAAUCUGAGAAGGCAGCAGCACAGAACUUGCAAACCCUCCUGAGGACAGCAUCAAAACAUGUAAACAAAGAUCUUGGAAACACAGAGGAAAAUAAAAAGCUAGAAGAAAACAAUCACAAAUCUGAACCUUAAGACAAAUGUCAGUCAUUCCCGAGACUACAUAUAGAAGCAUGAACAUGGAUUGUAUUCAAAACAUAUACAAAGAAGUGACAGUUAUUCAUGGUUCAAGUAUUGAUUCAAACAGAUCAUUCUACCAAGUUUUCAAAGGAUUUUAGAUGCAAUUAUCUCAAGUUUAAAAACUAAUUUUGGCAUCAGCCAAGAUAAUAGGUCACCAUGUUGUGUUCUGUUUUGUUUGUUUUUGUAAAUGUCUGCACUGAAGAUUCCUUUUUGUUUGCCUUUAUGUAAAUUUUUUACGUAGCUAUUUUUAUACACUGUAAGGCUUUGUUCUGGGAGUUGCUGUUAAUCUGACGUAUGGUGUAAUUUUUUUUCCCCAAUUGUUUUUAGGAUACCCUUUCUAGGUACAUUUCUAAUUCUAAUUGUUACCAGUAAAACCCUUGCUUUUAUAGAGCAGGGGACUAAAAAAGUGUAAGUUUGUAUUACCGAGAUAGGGCACACUCCUCCUUGAAAGUCAUACUAGGGAGAGAUGGAAACAUCUGUGAUAAAAGCGCACUAAAUGUUUUUUGAAGGUUAAAAACAAACAGCUAACUGAUUAGAAAAGGGCAUAGACAGUUUCCAAAGAUAAACUUGGGAGUCUAGCAAAGAAAUUACCACAAAAUUCAUGUUUACCUGUGUACAGAUGGUUGCUAAUAAGCCUUUUCUGAGUGAGUGAAUCACAAAUGUAUUAUUGUUAGCUGUCUUGGAAAAAAGUUAUUGAUUGUUCUCACAAUCCCGUGGUAGAGAGCAGCCGACAGUAGUUUUGGUUUUAAGUCCUUUUGGUUAUUCACUGCCUUAAAGUACUGUACCUUUUCUUCAUUAAAAAAAUAGAAUUGGAGAUUUUUUUUUUAAUGGUGGUCAUAUCAAAGCUGCAUUUUUCCACAAAAAUAGAAUAUAUAUAUAUUUUUUGUGUGUUUUUGUUAACUACGCUACAGAUAUUGAAUGCACCUUGAGAUAAUUUUAGUGUUUUUACCUGGUACAUAAUUUAUCAAACAGUGCAUAUAAUUGUAACAAUGAAAUGUCUACGUAUCUUUAGUUACAUCAAGUUUGUAACUUUAUAAACGUGUUUUAUGCUUGAGGAAAUUUUUAGAAUGAUGAUGUAAAAGGAAACAGUUUUGGGAAUAUAUGGCCAAUAGAAAACUGUACUGAGAUGGAACUUUUGAGAUUUUACUCUUAAGCAGAAGUGUAGUUUCUGGGAGAAUGUAAUAGACACUUCUAAUCAUGUGAGGAAAAUAAGUAUAUCAAACAAGCAGAAUAUCAGGUUUCCAUUUUUAAAUCUACAAUCCAGGGGGGAAAAGUAAGUUUUUAUAGACUGAUAGGUUAAAAACAAAUUUUAAAAAUGGAAAUUAGGAAACAUUUUGCCACCUCUACAUUAUUUAGAAAAAACACUUACUUGUAAAUUUGUAAAAUGUUAAAUGUCUGGGCGGUAGUACUGAUGUCUUAAUAAAAGCUUCCUGUAGUGCAUUGGCAUGGAUUAAAUACAUAAAAUGUCCUAUCAACUCUAUGCUGUAUAAAAUAUUAGGGGGGAAAUUCUGUUAAUUGCCUCUAAACUUUGAUUUGUUAAUGUUUUAUUUGGCAAAAGGAAAAAAACUAUUGGUCAACAUUUAAACCAAAGUAAAAGGGGGGGAAAAAAACCAAAGUUGUUUGUUUUGCAUGGCUAAGCCAUUGUUAUCUCUGUAAAUAUGGAUUUUUUUUCUUUUUCUUUUUUAGAAUUUUGUUUAAAAAUUCUAAAAUUUUUAACACCUGUUUUCCAAAAUAAAACGUGAACACACAAGUUACUUUAUAUAUACUUUUUUAAAAAAAAUUGGUGUGAACACCACUGUCAAGUGAAAUGCAGUGGGAGUGACUAGAAAAUAUUGUAAUGGCUUUAAAUAGAUUAUAAAUGAAGCAAGUUGACUAAUUUUCUAUACUGUGAGAAGAAAACUUCAAGACUGAUAGGGAAUGGGUGGAAAUUUUACCAUCUUGAUGAAAUAAGGAAGAUUUUAAAACCCACUCAAUUUCUACACUUUUAAUUCUGCUACAUCUCUUAUCCAGUUUAACUCUUCAGCCCCAGGAUACAGAUUUUUUUCCCCUGUUCAACAUUCACUUCAGGUAUGUUUCAGGAGCCACCACCACAAAAAAAAAAAAAAUGAAUGUUUCAAUCCAUGCCUAAAUGAUAAUAAAACUGAAGUAUAAAUUCAC